GACCAAUCACACAAAUUAUUCAAUCUUCUACCUACCAUCAUUAGCUAUGCAUGAUUAAAUCAUCUUUCAAAGCAUUUUAAUUUCUAUACCUAUAUAUGUUAAUUGUCAUUAAAUCUUGAACACCGAUUAAUUUAUCUUGCAUUUCUCUUGGUGCUGCGCUGAAGGAAACAUUGCGGAGAGACAUUCGUUUUCGAAAUGACUUUGGACUCUAAUCUGAACCAAUUCUUCCUUAUCAUCAAUGGCUUCAUUGUUCUCUGUAAGUUUUGAAUAAGAUUUUUUUCGUUUUUGGACAGUCCUAUAUUACAGUGAUAUAUAUAUUAUGUAUAGGCUAUGGUAUAAAUUAUGUAGGCUAGCUAGGUGUUUGCAUUUUGGUGUGUGUUUAUAUUGUACUUGUAUAUCGAAAUUUUAUUUUAUGAUGUAGUAUAUCUUUUAUCUAAUUUUUAUUGGUUGUAGUCGUAUAAGGUUGUAGUCGUAUAAAAUAUUGCGAUGUAGAUUCUAGGCGUUAUAUGAAGCAACGCUGCAAUGGUAGCAUUAUUCGAGCAAAUGGCAUUAAAUUAAACUAAUUUUAUAUUAAUAUACCCUUGUAUAUCAUGGUUUGCAUGUGCAUGCGUAUAAGCAAACAUAACAAACAAGACGGUAAAUUUAACCAUGAAAUGAACAUUGGCCUUUGCGUUAUUUUGUCAAAGCAACUUAUUAUCUUGAGGCCCCUGUUAAAUGACUACCGGAUUCCCUUGUCAUGACAUCGAAUUAAACGGUUUCAGGAAAAUAAGACAGGAAUAUCCGAACACUUAAAAUUGCGCUAAUAUGACAAAAUAAAACGAAAACCGUUAAAGGGGGAAAUUUUGUGGGCAGACAUCGCUCCUGAAAUGCAUAUGUUGAUGUCGUUAAAGGCAAAGCAGGCACGCGAGUCGUUCUUUCAUUGGCAUUUGCUUCUGAUUUCUAACUUUACCGCACAACCUAUACAUGCUACGUUUACACUACUGGAUAGCUUAUUCUGUGCGGCGCGAAAAAGCACCUAUCCGGUGCGAAAUGUACAAUUAUCAAAGAUUCAGAAGAUUUCUUUUACCUUAUUUGAUCGGUAUUGUAGAUGGAAAUUGUCGAGUGGAAUUUUUUUUACAUUUAUUAGACCUAACCAGGAACAGAAGCGAAAAAUGCAACUUUAGGUCCCUGGCAGGAAUUGAAGCUGCGACCAACUGCCGAGCUACAGAGGCCAUGCAGUUGUCGAGCUCUAACCACAAGUUCAUGUAUAUAUACUAGGGUACUGCCAUGUACAGGUUAUGGGUAAAUAUCAAGAUUUUGUGGCAUGUCACCCGAAUGAAUAAGUUUGGUAUUGUAAAUGGAAAUUGCCGAGUGGAAUUUCCACAAUUUCCAUCUACAAUACCCAUCAAAUAUCAUUCAUUUUACCUUUUACCUAGUUCCUUUGACGCAAAAGGUCCGUUAUAAACUUAAUAUAGGCCUGGUAACAUAAUAGUCCUUUAAAUAAGAGUCCUUUUUAAAUAGUAAGUUAAGUGAUCAUCAUGCACUCAGACAAAUUAGGUUGGAAUUCAGCGCCUAUUUCUAUUAAUUGUAUUGCGCUUAUCCAUUAUUACCAAAACCGCGGAUUCUUCAUCUCGCCAAAAAACGUGUCAUAUAAAUGUUUUCGUGACUACAUUCCUAACAUCGUAACUCAACAAUAUGAAAAUAGCGACAUCUGAUUGGCUGCGGGAAAUUUGUCUGAAAUUGGCUAUUAAAGUUAGAAUUGCCUUUGCCAUUGUAGGUAGUGCCGAUAAAAUGAUCAAGCUUUCGUUGGUAUGCAACUACCUGAAAAUAUAUAAGGAGAAUUUCGACGUUUCGCGUUGAGCGAAGGCCUUCGUCUGGAGUUACUGUAGCCUUAGGCACACUUUUUUCAGGCUAGAGUAUAAGGACUGCCGUUUUGGUAAAAUAUUUAGUUUUCAGUAAGGCUUUAAUACAAGAUCGAGGAUAUUAUUCAGAAGCAGUUGUCCUCAUGGGUAAUCAACAUUAAAAGUCAAUCAGUAAAAAACGAUCAAGCAUACAUACCGAAAACUGGUUGAGCUAACUAAUUCGUAACAAUCAGCUGCGGAUAACACACAAACGCAUCAAAACGCCUAUAUGUUUACAAUUAAUUCUAAUUUUAAACAGCCAAUCCAGUUGUUAGUAUUUAAUUGCUAUAAAAAUUUGAUUGGCUGUUUAAAAUUAGAAACGUAUCGUGUUUGGCGGGCAACGAAAUAUUAAUAAAAAAAGUAAAAAUGGAUAUGAAAAGUUGUUUCGAUGGUUCUGAACUAAAAAUGAAUAAUACGCUAUAAUUCACUUUUGCUUAAAAUUUGAUGUUUUAAACCUCGUUGGCAAGUACAAAAAGUGAUAUUAUGUCGUAGUUUGCCGCUUGCGUGCAUGCGCCAGUGCCAUUUUCAACCCCUCGAAAGGCAGACAUCUGCACCAAGUCUAAUCAUUCAGUUAUUAGCAGAAAAACAGAACGAGUCGAAUUUGCGAAGUUCGUGGAUAAAGUGCAAUAUAUUUAUCUGGCAGGGCUACGAUCAGUAAGCAAGGAUCAUCUUCACUGCGAAAAAUCUUUGUUUCACCUUGUACAUGCCAAAAUUUACACCACUAAAGGUUUCAUAUUUUACACCAUCCGAAAGUAAUUGAAAACGGAACAUGGUUGCAUUAACCCGCGCGCCAUUUCUGUCAAAAAUGUCUGCAGUUCAUAGUCUAUACUCUGGGCAGUUUAGACAGCCAUUUUUAACAGUAGACCUUAAUUAAGAUCGACGCUUGCGGACUUUUUCAACACCGCAACUCGCAUUUGUAAGUUAUAUGUGUACAACUUUUCGACAGCCAAGUAGCUAAUUCAUGCUCUAAUUUGAAUGCACAAAUUGCCCUAACUUCUAAAAACUAACAGUUAGUCGACAACAAGAUACGAUUUGAAGUUUGGCGUUUGCGAUUAGCCGUCUGCCGUAAGCGUCAUGUAAUCUUCAGGUCUAUACACAUUAUAACCCAUAACACAAGAUGCACGACAUACAACGCGCUUACCAACGCUAAAUACUAUAUUAUUGUUACCGUGUGCUGUGUUUUAACGCUUCUCAGCUAUUUUAGAGUUCUCUAACUUAUCUUUAAGGCCUUCAAACGAGGCCAACAUGUUGAUCAAACAGCAUCCAACAUUACUGGUUGCAACAUGUUGCCUUGUUGGCCUCAUUUCAACAUUGUGUGUUAAGUAAUGUUGUUGCCUGAUGUUGCAUCGUCAACAUCAGAAUUGGCGUUCAACAUUUUCAUCCAACAAGCGACAUCGUCAAAUUGAAGUAAAAUUUUGCCUCUUUGCACCGAUGUCAGUGUACAGGCAAGCGUAUGGUGUAAACAUUUUCGCUUAACGAAUGUUAUAAGUCGGGAGGUCAUUUAAUAUUCGGUGUAAAUAUUAAUUAAAUUAUUUAAUGAUAUAUUUUAAUCCCAUUUUAUUUUCCUUCAAAACAAAGAAAAUCUUCAGGGCGUGAAUAUAUACCAGUCAAAGUUCGAAUUUAGCACGUGAACAAAAUGGAUAACGAGGAACAGCUUGAAGUAAUAUCUUUAAGUUUCUUUGUUUCAUCCUGAAUGACAAUCGCAUGAUAACACCGUGAUACACUGACUGACUAGCACGCGAUCAUUCUUAGAUUGAUAUCACGUGUACAUGCCUAAGGCCAGGAUAUUGACUGUGGUUUGUAUCGAAAUUUCCCAGCAUGGAUUGAAGCCUAAAUAGAUGUUAAACCCACCGUGAGUUUAGUUUUUUAAUUUCAUCUGUUCAGGGAGUGAAAAAACUUGCAUCUUUGGAAAAAGUUAUAAACAUCGUCGUAGAAAUAAAUAGUUUAUAAUUGCCCGAUUUCAGCUUAAAAUCUCUUAUCCAGGACAUUUUUCAAUAGCCUUUGAAUAAACGAACUUAAAUUCUUGCACAUGCGCGGUUCCUUCCCAAACGCGAAGCCCAAAAACUUGUUUUUGCUCAUUUUAAUAAUUUAGAACAAACUUUUCGCUAGCGCCCGCAAUUUACUGACCAGCGACAGCAAAUUUCCCACCUGUUCUCCUGUGCCGUAAAGACCUACCUAAAAUGAUCUUGUUAUGUAGAUACUAAAUGAAGCGUUUCAUUACUAACUAGUACUUUGAAAAUGAAUAAACCAUUUUGAAAAGUCUAAAACAAAUCAAAGCAAAGACAACCUUUUAGCACAUUGUGCAUUCCGUUUCGGAAUAGGUACUUUUAUGCGCCGCUACAGAAAGCUAUCCGAUAUACCUGCAUGUAAUCGUAACUAUGACUAUGUAACCUACUGUAUAUUAUAUAAGAUCGAUAUCCUUUGUAAUUAUAUUGUUACGAGGCCGGCAGUUGUUGGGGAUCACCAUUGUAACGAUAUUGCAUACCGUAAUUCACAUAACCUACGGAUUCAGCUUUUCUUUGUGGUUUAGCCUUAAUUCCGCUGCUUGGAGCCUCCAUACCAGUGAUAUGUUACUGGAAAAAUCUGGAUGGGAUUUGUUAAUUCACUAGAAAUACAUGCAUGCAGAAUCCCCUCGUCUUGCUGGCAAAACCAUUAUAUUCUCCGAACAUGAAGUAUAUGAAGUAGUUUUCAUGGUAACACGAUUAUUUUAUAAAGUAUAUUUUUUUAAAUUAAAUUGAAAAUUCCCCUAAAAAUAUCACUUUUAUAUACAAAAUUAUCAAUUUUCCAAAAAUAUAUAUGUUAGUUGUGUUAUUACACGUUAUUAUGGGUAAUAUAGCCUAAACUUCAAGUUUUAAAAUGUUCUUAAAACUAAACUACCUUUAAUACUAUAAACUUUAAGUUUGAAAUAAAAUUAUUUCAAAUUCUCACAUGAAAAUAUCUUUGCUUUUCUCUUUAUUUAAUUAAAGAUUUUAAUAUAAUAAAAAAGGUAAUUAAUAAAAAUACAUUCAAAUCAUCAUUUUUCAUUUUACGCAACGGCCAACGACCAGUUUUUAAAGCAAUUAUAAAGCAAACAAUACGUCAAUAUUUAAAACAAACUUACCUCCAUUGGGUUUUACGAUUUCCGAUGAUCCAGCAAUCUAUUGCCCUAUUGUUAUGAACAAAUAGACUGUUGGCUGCACGUCUCAUUAACGAUUUUUCGGGUUUCUGAAUAAAGACAAUAAAGUUUUUCAGUCACCUGUAGCACACGUCGGCGUCUUUGCCCGCUUUCGGCUUUUUCCCAUCUUCUUGCUAGUUUUCGUUUGGUUGCAUAACUUUAUUAUAUUUACUUUGUGUGUGUGUUGGUGUUGUGUACUCAGGUGAAUAUGAUGUUUGUGGAGUUACUCUGAGUGUGCAUCCACACUGGGCAAGCUGAAAAGUUUGCCUAACCACGGCAGGAAUCGAACCCGCUACCUUUGGGAUACUAGUCCAAUGCUCUACACCAACUGAGCUACGAGGUCAAGUCAGUUGUUUAAUGGUUUUUAUUUAAUUUAGUUAUUUUAUUUUAUUUGUUUAAUUUUUUUUUUAAUUUUCUCAAUAGAACCCGUAUAAAAGAGUUAUAUUUUCAAAUAGUGUCACUCUGUUAUUAUGAAUAUUUAUGUCGUAUUAUGCAGUCAUCAUAACGCGAAAUUUAAACUUGACCAAUCAGUGUUCGCCAUUUCCACGACAGUCCGCCAUUUUUUUUGAGAUCAGUGGGAGUUCUACCCUUGGAUCACAGCCAGACGCCCCCGAAGUUUGAUGAACUUUACACUUCGCUAAUGCUUUCCUUUUCCCGGGUGUAAAUAGCCGAGCGGAAUUAGUACCCUCGCUCCGGCCUUACGUACGCGAGCCAUUGGCUCGGGGAUUAAAUUGAGAAGACGUCUUCUGACACCACCAACGAAAAAUUGAAACGGCUGGGGGGAGAUAGGGGAUCGAAUAUUCAUGUGAAAGAAAUGCACAAUAUUUAUAUUAAAACCUAAUUAAAACUAUAUUAUCCAUUAUAUAUAGUCGAAGAUUGUGGAAAAAGUUCCUAAACGUGCAAUAUUAUUAUACUGAUAAAUGUCGUAUAAAAUAUGUAUGUAUAUGUAUAUAUAUAUAUAUAUAUAUAUAUAUAUAUAUAUAUAUAUAUAUAUAUAUAUAUAUAUAUAUAUAUAUAUAUAUAUAUAUAUAUAUAUAUAUAUAUAUAUAUAUAUAUAUAUAUAUACCGGGUGUCCCAAAAAAAAGUACUUCGGUUUGAUUUAUAAUAACUUUUAAACAAGUAAAGCUAUCAAACAGUAAUAACUUGCAUUAAGUAGAGGAAGGACUAACUUAGAUUUUGAUAUAUUGCAGUUGUAUUUUACUUAAAAAUUCACGGAGAUAUUAAUGUUCAAAAUCGGGAGCAUAUUUUGGGAUGUGUCUAAAAUUAGCGAAAAUCGGCAUAUCAAAUAUUAACUUCAGCGUUUGUUUGCUUGAUGACAUAUCAGGCUAACUUGUAUUUCAGCAGAUUGUCGUUAGGGUUUGUAAGGGAUAUGGCGUAGAUUUAGACUUCUUACAUGUAAGUCUUAGCUCAUUGUUUCCUGAAAUAUGAACGUACGAAAUUAUGUAAGUAUUUAAUAGGUCUUUACAAACUUUACAAAUUUAUAAGGUACAUGAAAGACCAUGCAAGGCAGGCGCUUAAAUUUUUCUUAGCCUAAUUUUUUUAUGUUUUUCAUGGGUUCAAAACAGAGUUAAUCAUUUCUCGGUUAGAGCAGGAUGAAUAUUAUUCUGCAAUGAAGGAAAUAAUAUUGCUUUUUGCAAAUACACAUCACAGUAUCAACGCUACUAUUUUGUUACGUUUUGUUCUAAAAAUGUUGGAUAUCUCUAGGGAGUUGCAUGCUUAAUUGUUAUGUCUUAUGGAGUUGUAUGGUUUGAUUGUGUUUCAUUCUCAGUUUAUUCUGAACUUAAAAAGAUUAAGAAAAGGCAAAUGAGUUUGAGUGUUCUUAACAAGAUUUCAGAACGUUGUAGAAGUUAGAAGAGCUUCACAAUUCCAUUGUGACAGCAUGCCCUAAUUCAGAACUACGAACGAUCCAUGACGAUCCUUCGCGAUGCAGUGGUCUCAUGAAAUAAGGAAACGUAUUCGUGCUAGGAACACACACAGAUUUCGGACGAAUAAAUCUUGCUUGUAUUUUGUAGAUAAUAAUACUUUGUUUCAUAAUAAACAAUUUGUCAAGUGUCAUUUAUUUACUGGUAAUCGUGCAUGUUUCAGUCGGCGGGCAAAUCUUGAUUAAUAUUUGAUACGCCGUUUUUUGCAUAUUUCAGACACAUCCAGAAAUAUGCUCCCGAUUUUAAACAUUAAUAUCUCCGUGAAUUUUUAAGUAAAAUACAACUGUAACAUAUCAAAAUCUAAGUUAGUCCUUCCUCUAUUUGAUGCAAGUUAUUUCUCCUUAAAAGGUUUACUUGUUUAGAAGUUAUUACGGAUCAAACCGGAGUACUUUUUUUUGGGACACCCGGUAUAUAUAUAUAUAUAUAUAUAUAUAUAUAUAUAUAUAUCAUAGGAAAUAUCAUAGGAAAUAUAAUAGGAAAUAUAAUAGGAAAUAUAGGACUAAGGUUUCGUAUUGCCCACAGCCCACAUAUUAAAAGGCGAACCUGGUAUAGAUUUCUGAAUAAAACUCAUACUGUAAUAUAUUUAUCUAUAGUUAUGCAAGCUGGUUUUGCAUUCCUUGAAGCUGGUUCGGUGAGAUCAAAGAACACAACCAAUAUUUUGAUCAAGAAUACCCUGGAUUUAUGUAAGUUCUUAUGUAUAUACGUUCGUCACUUGCAAAGGCCGGAGCACGGCGACUAUAUCAUUCUGGUCAUACAUUUUCUUGGGGCUUGUCCUCCAAACGGUAUUAGCAUGCAAAACCUCUCGCCCGAAAAACGUGUCUUGUUUCCGUGUGAAAACAAAUUCAGGAAUGCGACAAUAUGUAAAACUAUUAAAGGCUAGUUUCAGCGCAAUUUCUUGCAGACCAAUCAGAUGUCGCCAUUUUCAUAGUAUAAAAACAUGAUUUCUCUGUUUCAAGUGUAAAAUAUUACUCAUAUUUGCUUUGUAUCAAAUAGUAUCAAAUAGAACUUGUCCUCUAUUACCAAAACCGCACUAUCGCCCAAUUUUAUAUCCCUAAUAAAUAUAUCCCUAUUUUAUGAGCUAUGUAAAAAUGUGGUUUCAACAUAUCAGUGACAAUGCCAUUAAGAAAAUCAUGUAGUGUCUUUUAGUGUUAAUAUUGGCUUGGAUUUAUCCAAACCUACAAUUAAUAUGCUGAUCGAUGACCACUGCUUUUAAAAUGACCAAAAUCUCUUCUUUAGUUGUAUUACACUCAAACCUAUUGAAAAUAUUGAUCUUUUCCGCAUUUUUUUGCAACACGUAAUAUUUUUGGCAAAAUUACACCAAAAUGUUAACUUUUAGCAUAGGAUAUUAUGAGAUUUUACAUUUGUGGACAUUUUUCUCACAUGAGGUGUAUUUGUCCAUUUUUUUAAGUAAAUAGAAUAUCACACUUUGCUCUGGAACGUGUUUGUUAUGUUUUCUUGUCAAAACAUUCGGGAAUGCGAUUAUCACAAUAUUAUAUAAUACCACUGAUAUGUAAAACACAUCAUCUCAAACGAAUACAUACAUAUUCCUAUUGGUGAAAAACGGAUAUCAUUUUUUUUUAGUUUGUGGUGCCACUGUGUAUUGGUUAGUUGGUUAUUCUUUUGCAUUUGGUGGGGAUGACGAUAAUAUCAAAGGCAGAGGUGAUGCCUUCAUUGGACAUGAUAAUUUUGCAUUAUCUGAUUUGGAUGAGAACGACUAUGCGACCUGGUUCUUCCAGUUCGUAUUUGCAGCAACUGCAGCCACUAUUGUUAGUGGAGCAAUCGCUGAGAGAGCUGAGUUCAUGGCCUAUCUAAUUUACUCCGCAUUAAUAACAGGUAAAUCUUAACUUAUGAUCUAAGAUUUAAUUCUAAUUAUUUAAAGUAAUAUUAUUCUCUAACCCAGGGGCCCGUCAGAGCAAUUUGUUGGUUUAAAUUAUAACUUCGGGAUGGUAGUGAUUUUCCAUCGUCAAUUAAGGAUUUUGAGGAAAGAUGAUAACUGAUUUCCAUGUUGUUGAACUUUUAGGGCAAACAUUGGGGCUAUCCUUUGGUUUUAAAUAUUUGAAUAACACAUUUAAUUCGUACUCAGUAAUAAAAUAGUGCCCUCAAUUUUUUUCAUCACGGACGCCGUCAGAUCGCCGAGGGGGGACUAGAUCACAAACUGUGUUUGCAUGUGUUAUUUUGUGGUAAUCUAAUUUUGUGGUUUAGUCAUGGUAUAUUUUAGAACUUAUAUCAUGUAAAGGUAAAGUUUUAAAGCCUCAGAUUGAUAGGGGUAGAACUACAUGAAAAAUACAGUGGUAUCCCUAUAUCAAUCUGAAGCUUUCUUAUUACCUAGUUGCACUACCUACACUGGCAUGCACAGAACGCUCAAGUUUAAUUAAAAGCACUUUCAAAAAUAGAAUACCUUUGGGGAGACAUUAUCACUACACUUUUCUAUAUUCCAAAACACUAAAGGACACAAUAUUUUGCACGAAGAGGUGAUUUGUGUCGCUGUUUUCCCUUGAGCUGUUAAACUAAAAUUAAUUCUAUCUUGUUUACAAUACAGGUUUUGUUUAUCCCGUCGUCACUCAUUGGGCGUGGUCAAAACAUGGUUGGCUCAAGGUAUCGCAAGAAGAUGACGACAUUACUUAUCAAGACUUUGCAGGGAGUGGAGUAGUUCACAUGGUUGGCGGUAUGCUGGCUUUGACUGGAGCUAUUGCAGUAGGACCACGUAUUGGCAGAUUUGAAGAUGAUGAUAAGACAUUGCGAGGUCAUACUGUUCCUGUAUGUAUAUUUUAACUAUUUUUGUACUGUUUCACAGCUUGGCCGUUUUCCAAUCAGAAUGUGGUGAUUCUGAUAUGAAAUACAAAACGCUCAUUCGUUAAGCUUGAAUGCAGUCCUAAGGCUAAGUCGUGCAUGGAUCCUGCAUUCAACCGCUGAAUCCACUGACAUCCAACAGCAAUGAUUUAACCUUAAAAGCUGGUGCUGGAUGUAUAGAUAACAUCGUGAUUUCCUUGUGAUUCCCUUGAUGAGAUUUCCUUGUGAAUAUUUGCAAAUUUCAUUAAUCUCUCAUCAGUCUAACAUUUCGAAAGUCCUAAUUUUCUUGCUUACAGCAAAUUGAUUCGUAUAAACCCUAAUCGGUGGAAAAUUCUGCAAUACCAUAAUUGGACGACUGAAGACCUAAAUGUACAAAGCAUUAAUAUUUUCAUAUUGAUAACGAAUGAACUUAUUGUCCCAACCUGACCCUCUUAGUUACCAAGACAUUCUAUUACAAUAAAAUGAAUGCAAUAAAUAUCUAUUACGUUCUUUAGAUGGUCUCUCUUGGUGGAUUUAUUCUUUUCUUUGGUUUCCUGGCAUUUAAUGGUGGUUCUCAGGCUUCUAUCGCUGAAGAUGGUGAUGCAGCUACGGUAGCCUUAGCUAUCGUUAACACUAUCUUGUCAGGUGCGUACAAUUACCUGUCUGUUUUCCCAAAGGCCGAUUUGCACCACACAAAUUUUGCCUAAAACUGUCGAAUGCAACCUGAGUGGGUAAAACUUUUUAUUAUAUGGCAAGCAUUUGUUUUGAUGAAUCGUGCAAUUUGAUUGGCUGCUGACGAGGCAGGAUUUUCCCGUAUUGCCCACGGGCAAUACGCAAUUUUUAUUGCCCUGCGACGAGAGCCGAGUUUCAAACGGCAAAAAGUGUUUAAAAGUCUUUCAAACUAUUCAAAACGAAGAAAAAUAAACCUAAACUAAAGAAAUGAAGCACCUUCUGUGGUUAAAGAACUUUCUCAAUAUGUUUUUGUUAGCGAAAGUCGAAAUUACAGGGUAAAUUUUACAAUGUUUAUAACUAUUAAACCAGUCAGGAAUAGCUGUGAUUUGAUCUAAAUCAGCCACAGAUUUAUAUUUUUUUCCUGAAAAUUUCUGUUUUUGUUCGAUAUGAGAUGAAGCGAACUAAAAACGUACUUGUCCAUACUGUUUAUUAAUUUUAUUGUUUUCAUAUUUGUAAUUGUCUUUGAUUAAAUGACGAAAUACCUCGUUUUUUUCUUGAAAUCACUAUCCAAACUGUGUUUUGCUAACCAAGAGAACAUUUUUUACAAUUGUUCUUUUUUGCAAAUGUUUCGGACUUUGUACUUUGCCCUCGCGUGACCUUUUUUUCCAUUUUUUACAAACGUACAAUGCCAUAUAAUAAAAAACUUACUGACCUCAACCGUUCGGGCAGUACGGGAAAAUAUCCAACCUCGGUCUUCCUGUAUUGACUUCGCUAUCGCUCGGUCAGUACAGCAAGACCUCGGUUGGAUAUUUUCCCGUACUGCCCUCACUCUCGGUCAGUAAGUUAUUAAUACUUUUAAAAAUAUCGCAAACCAAUCAAAAACAUUUAAAACAUAGGAAGAUAUAAAAUUUAUAUUACAGGAAAUAUAAUGCACAUAUUUGGUACUGGUUAGAAAUUUCCCCGGGGCAAACGUAUUUGUCCGUCGUAACAAUGACAGCACCGUCCUUUUUCAUCAGGUAUUCGUUUCCUGAGAGCAUCCGGUAUUCAUUCCCUUGUAGUAUCUAUCUCAUAUGUCUUGCCAUUUUCCUGUCAUAAGUGACUCCUGCCCCACCCAAAAUUACAACAAUACAUGCUUGAGGAAAGCACGUCACCUCGGCUAAUAGAGCCUCGUUUUCGUGAUAGAGAUGUUUUAUUCAAUGCCACGUAUACACGAAUACGAGGCUCUAUAGCUAAAGUGACCUACUUUCUAGAAGGGUGUAUUGUUAUGAAUCAUUUAUAGGUGCUGGAGGUGCUAUAAUGGCAAUGGUUAUCAAGCGAAUAGCAACAGGAUUUUUCACUGGACAUUGGAGUUUACUGACAACAAUUAAUGGAGGACUGGCAGGAAUGGUAGGAAUAUUUUAACAUUUUUUUAGGUAUAACCUCUGUCUCUAUUUCGGAUUUUUCAAAUGAGUCUAUUUAAAAUUUUACACAGAAAACAUUAUUUCUGUUAGGUAUUGUCUAGAGAAAACAUAAUUUAAGUUAAUGAUAUCGAAACUAAAGAACCAAAUCUAGUUCGCAGAAAAGACAUUAACAGCAGAACUAUUCAGAAUAGUACAGUACAGGCCGGAGACACGUAUGGGCAGAAUGAAACGGUACAAAUUACAUACACAACAAUACAGUAGAAACAACUAAAGGGACUAUAAACCCGAAACAUGAUCAUACUGUUCAUGAGUCCAUUCUAUCCUGAAAAUCCUGAAAGUCUCCACAACUUCGUUACGUUUUCUUUUCACUUAUAAGGUAAUAUAACAGUAAUACAAAAUUAUAUUAAGGUGGCUAUUUGCGCUGGUUGCAAUACAGUUCAUCCCUGGGCUGGAUUUGUUAUCGGUCUUGUUGCUGGUCUGGUCUUCAUGACAUGGAGCUAUUUGAUUGAGAAAUUGAAAAUUGAUGAUCCUCUUGAUGCGGUUGCAGGUAUCAUUAAUCUUGAAAUUUAAUUGGGAAAUGGCAACAAAAUUAUGCUUUCCAGAUUUGAAAUAUGGAUUACACCAGCCAAGCAUUCGCAUACUACUAUUUGUUUUGAAUACGUGGACCCCACGUAUGUUAGAGGAAUCAUAUGUACAGUAAUCAUUAAUUACGCUUUUCGUAUUAGUUUGCAAAUUUAAAAUUUGAAACCAUUUUAUCACUAAAUUUACCUCAACUUGGCAUAAUUCGGCAAAAGAAAUUAUUAUUACAUUUUCAAACACUCAUUAAUAAUUCAUAGGCUUAUUGGCAAAUCAUGUCAAGUGUCAACCAUAAUAUGUCACGUGCAGUGGCUUUAAACUUGAUAAAACACUCCUAAUUAGUAUUCUUUAUAUAAAGAAUACUAAUAAAGCAGUAUCUAUCGUGGUCGUAUCCUCAUUAGUAUUUUUUAUAUAAAGAAUACUAAUAAGGCAGUAUAUCUAUUGAAUUUGUAGUCGAGUUUGAAGCCGUUUAAUAAACUCGCAGGUCGUGUUUUAUUAGGUCUAAAGCCACUCGCGCUGCGCGUGACUUUAAACCUAAUAGAACACUCCUGCUCGUUUAUUAAACAGUACAUAAAACGGACUAUCUUUCUUUAUAAUAUUGAGUAACCCAAAAGGGCUAUGCACGAAGAAGAUGUUUUGACCCUUCAGGCCUUAAAAUAUCGGUCCGUCACGGACAUUGUCCGACCCAUUCGUGAAAUUGUCCGACGUAGAGAGGAAACCACCGGACAUUCUGUCCGACCAAAGUGAAACUGAGGUUUAUUGUUUGUCCGACCCGAGUGUAUUUGUGUCCCACCAAACUACAUGUAGCUUUGUCCGACGUAAAUCAAAAUGUACCCUGGCCCAGGACUAGGCUUGUAUGUUAAAUGGAAAAUCAGAGUACUAUUGUAUAAAACGUGAACUAGAAAUGUUGUUUUAACGUAGUCGAGCGCGGGGCGGCGAGCGAAAUGGUGAAGUGGAAAACGGGCUUAAUGUUGUCGACGUCUUUUUUAACACUGCUGUUCUGGCAAGCAAAUUAAUUCUGGCUUGGAAAUAAGUAUGAAAGAAACAAAUUAUUUAAUAUCUUUACAAUAUUUACCAUUUAUUCAUUUGUGUCAUACAGACUUAUUUCCGAGUCAAAACUGAACUGAAGGUCAUCGGACAUAUGUCCGACCCAAACUCGACGUCACCGGACAUUUUGUCAGACGGCCCUGUAAAAGAUAUUUUAAGGCCUGGACCCUGCAGGCUGCCCCUUCUUUUAAAUAUAUUAAAAUUUGUUUUAUGACUAAUCUAAUGACUAUCUAUUAAUAAUAUAUUUAUACAUAUAAGUACCAUUUAAACACGAGCAGGAGUGCUUUAUCAAAUAUAAAAUACGAAGCGACAGCCGAGCCAACUUAUGAGUUCAUGGGUGAAGUAAUUUUACAAAUAAAGGGUCAUAAUCUACCUAUACUAUCCAGGUUCGUGGUUGGUUGAUUAUAACAAUGAAAGACAAUAAACUAUAAAAAUCGUCCUUCUAAAGAACGAGUCACGAACAAUGAUCAUUUUUGUUUCUGAAAGCCAAUCACAAAACAUGAUCAUUUUAGGUAGGACUUUACCCAAAAUAAACGUUGUCCAAGCCCGAGAAAAUUGCAGCUAAAGUUUAUGUAAAUUAACACAGUCAUUUUUAUCAAAUUUAAAACCACUAAAUUACCUUUCUCUUUUCCUCAAGAAUUAUUAAUGAGUUUUUAAAAUUUCUUUAUAACAUUUAUAUAUUUAUAUAUUUAUAAAUUAACAAAAAGUUAACAAGACAUGUGAGUUUUCAGAAUCGCGAAUUUGGUGGGAUUGUGCAUAACCAUUCGUUGCAUGACUCAAUAGGCAACGAUUCCAAAAACGUACAACUAUAACAAGCGGUUUACUUUUAGUACAUUACGGAGCUGGUUUUUGGGGAGUCAUUGCUGUUACCUUGUUCAGCAAAAAAGACGGCGUCUUUUAUGACUGGGAUGAAAUGGCUUUCAAGAGACUUGGUUGGAACUUACUUGGUGCAAUCGCUAUCUCCGCUUGGGCCUUGUUCUGGGGGUUGGCAAUUUUCAUGUCUCUCAAAUUACUGAAGAUUUUGCGUGUAUCUCGAGACAUUGAAAUCAAAGGUAAGCUUAUUGACAGAUUCGAAUACUACAAAAUUUUGCACUAUUUUAUAUUUUAUGCAUAACGAAGCAAAUAAAGAAUUUUUCAACACGAAAUUAUAGACCUUUGAAAUGUCCAAAAAGAAACAAAACGACGCUACUUCAGUCUUCUUUGCUAAGUUUAGCAUAAACGUCGCUAUUUUUAAGAUUUAAUUUCUCAAAGAGAUUACAUACUAUUAUUAUCUUUAUACUUUGCAAAACUAUUAGUCUUGAGGUACUCUAUAAAGUAGACUUGCUCCAAGUCUCUCUUUCAUUUUCAUUUUCAUAUAGUAUCGAUCCACUAUAGUGUACAUUACAUGACGUAGUACGGAGGGGCGGAGCGAGAAAGAGAGACUUGUCAACUUCGGAAAAUCUCGGUUCAAAACUGAACCGAAAAUGCAAGACUUGCUUUAAUUGUUUUCUGUCAGUGUUUAUAUGUAUUGAUAUAACACAGUGUAAAUAACAUGAGUUCCAUUAUAGUAAAUAAUACAGAAAGAAAUUGACGGAAAGAAUAGUAAAGCAAGUCUUGCAUUUUCGGUUCAGUUUUGAACCGAGAUUUUCCGAAGUUGACAAGUCUCUCUUUCUCGCUCCGCCUCUUCGUGCUACGUCAUGUAAUGUACACUAUAGUGGAUCGAUAUGACAAUGAAAGAGAGACUUGGAGCAAGUCUAUCUAUAAAGCGGCAGAAGUGCAUGUCUUAGCUAUAUAAGGCCUUUAGGUUUUGGGCAUGCUUCUAAAUUUCCAGGGUUUCUAAACUUCGUGGCAAAAUUUAUAUACGGUUCCAAUUAUAUGCUCGAAGUUAUGAACCUACACGGCUUUACGUAAAUAAUGAAGCGACGUUUUAUCUUUCCGUGUUUUUUCAUUUUUAACCGUAAUGACACGGCCUGCUAGCUAAGACCUUGACCUGCAGCAGUCUAUAUAGACCGAUUCGAAAAAUAAUUUCUUCUUUUUUCUUCCGAAAUUAAUUUCAACCAAGGUAAUCACUGGUGCCUUUUUGAACACCUCAAGACAUAUAUUAACUAUGUUUUUUUUCAAAAUAUAAAUAUUAUACCAAAAUAUAAUAUAAAUAAACUUUUAUUCAAAAAAUAAAUAUAAACCGCAACCUGGCUAACUUAGUUCCAAUACCGAAAUGCAACAAACCGGUUCCAACCAGAUCCCUUCCAAAUAUUAUGCUUCUUAAUGCUCGAUCAAUCCUUAAUAAAGUCGAUGAAAUAUCUAUUCGCACCAAAAUUCUCAACCCUGAAGUCCUAUGUAUCACAGAAACGUGGCUGAAUGACCACAUUCCAGAUGAAGUUGUUCAAGUGAGUGGCUACACAAUUAUCCGGAAAGAUAGAGCAAACGGAAUUCGCGGCGGAGGAGUCUGUAUUUAUAUACGGGAGCACCUACCUUACAAAGUGCGCGAAGACUUGUCACAUUAUUCUAUCGAAUGCCUUUGGACUACAAUCCGACCUAAGUGGCUCCCAAGACGUAUUUCACGAAUAGCGAUAGCAGUUGUAUACCUCCCACCUCUUACUUCAAAUCAAGAAAUAGAAACAUUUUACGAUUAUCUCUGCUAUUGUGUCGAUACACUGGUUUUAGAGAGCACAGAAACAGCCUUCAUAGUGACUGGUGAUUUUAAUCCAAAUAGUAAUAAUUUCAACGAAAAACGUCUCAAAACGUUGUGUGGUCUGAAACAAGUCGUCCGCGUCCCUACGAGAGAAGGUGCCAUUUUGGAUUUAAUUUUUUCUAAUGUCGCAUCCUAGCUUUUACUCCAUUCCCUUAGCUUUAGCUCCAUUAGAUUCAUCGGAUCAUGUUAUUAUCCAGUGGAAGUCCAAAGACGUCGAAAAAUAUAUUAACCGAAUAAGGAAAGUGACGGUGAGACCUAUUAAGGAUUCUAGUUUAGAAGCCUUUGGGCAGUGGAUAAACUCAUAUGAUUGGUCUAACAAGGUUGCCAACGGUCAACCAAAAACUGGAAAUGUUCACCCAAGUAAUUAAUAGCAGUGUAGAUACCUACUUCGGUACUUCUCUAAACGUACCGUAAAGUUCCACCAAGAGGAUAAACCGUUUUUAACAGGAAGAAUUAAAACAUUAAUAGUGAACCGAGAUAAAGCUUUUGCGAAAGGAGAUGAACAGAAAUUCACAUCGUUGCGUAACAAAGUUCGCUAAGAAAUGAAAAAGGAAAAACAAACGUUUUACCGGGUCAAAGUAAAACCAUUACAGUCUAAUAACCCAAAAGAUUGGUGGAAAAGUAUCAAACGUAUAUGUGGAAUAAGCAAAAACCAAAAAAUCAACCUUGUCAACCCAGACUCUGGUGAACCUCUAACCUCAGAAGAAGCAGUAGAGUGCAUUAAUGAUUAUUUAAUUAACCUAACUAAAGACUAUAAUAAAAUAUCAAACGAUCUACAGCUGGGUGGAGACGAUCUUGAUCUUCCUACCAUUUCAAGGGAAUGUAUUGCACAAAAGCUUAAAGAAAUCAAUAUCAAUAAGUCCCCAGGUCCCUUUGAUCCACUAACGAAAAUUAUCAAACACUUUGCGGAGCAGUUAUCCGGUCCACUAACAGACAUUAAUAUUAACACCUCCUUUCAAGAGAAAUGUUUUGGGGAGAUUUGGAAAGCAUACAACUGCUGCCCUAUCCCAAAGUCAAAUCCAUGCACUACAGUAGGAGAUAUUAGACCAAUUGCCCUUACAAGUGUAUUUUCAAAAAUUCAAGAAUCAUUUGCACUGGAUUGGAUGUUGGAAGAUUCAAGCGACUGUCUCAGCGAACGUCAAUUUGGGGGAAUUCCACGUUCGUCGUUUCUACUAGCCCUCCUCGAAAUGCUAUACACACAUGGUUUGUCGCCUUGGAGAAACCCAAAUCGGUAAUUAGAAUCGUUUUCUUGGAUUUUUCCAAGGCAUUUGACCUUAUAGAUCAUAACAUCUUGCUGAAUGACUUUAAAUCUGUUGGAGUUCGUCCCGCUUUACUACCAUGGUUAGCCUCGUACCUAUCCGAUCGGUUACAGAGGGUAAACAUAGAUGGAUCGACAUCGUGUUUUAAAAAGAUCAACGCAGGGGUACCUCAAGGAAGUAAAAUCAGCCCGAUAGCAUUUAUUACCAAAAUUAAUAAACUACCAGAUUUGGCACUCACUGACAAAAAUUCAGGAAAAGAACAUGUUUCAAUUUUUAUGGAUGAUACUACCCUAUCAGAGAUUCUCAAUAUAAAUAACCCUGAAACCCACCCAGUGAGCAACAUCGAUCCAAGCAAAUGUUGAAAGAAUUUCAAAAUUUUCAAGAGAGAGGAAAACAUGAGGUUGAACUUGAAAAAAACUAAAGAAAUGGUAAUCGACCUUCGAAUGAUGAAAUCUAAAAUACCAGUGAUUCCGAUAGACAACAUUCCUAUUGAAAGAGUACACUCCCACAAGCUAUUAGGCAUUUGGCUUCAGUCGGAUCUCAAAUGGCAUACUAAUACCUUUUUUAUUAUUAAUAAGGCCAGGAAACGCCUAUAUUGGAAUACGGUGACAUAAUAUUAUGGCAUGGAGGCCUAACGUUCUCACAAAGUCAAGAUAUUGAAAGAAUCCAAAAACGUGCUCUAAGGAUUAUCAUUCCUGACCUAAGUUAUGAAGAUGCUCUUGCUUCGUCUAAACUACUUCCACUUAAUCAGAGACGGGACAUGCAUUGCAGUGACUUAAUUAAAAACAUGUCCUCCCCGUCACAUAAAUUACACUACUUAUUACCUGUGAAAGUGGGAAACAUUAGAAAUAGGGAAACUAGAUCCAAUAGAAACAAAUUUUAUAACUUUAAAAGUAGAACUAAUCGUUUUAAGAACAGUCCACUAGUCUAUGCUAUUGAUAAAUACAAUAAUAAUAUAUAAUGUUCUUACUACAGUAGAUGUAAAUAGAUAUAGUUUUAAUAACAUUUUAAUAGAUUAGUAGUAGUAUUACCUAUGUAAAUACAUGACAAUUAAGUUAUCUUAUUCCAUGUAUACUAUUAAAACCCAUUAUUAUUAUUAUUAUUAUUAUUAUUAUUAUUAUUAUUAUUAUAUAAAUCAAAUAAAUAUAAUAUAGUAAAUAUAAUUUGAAAAAUUAAAUGUUUAAAACAUCGAUGGUUAUAUGCUAGAUUGAACAAACAAGCAUGAACAAUCUCGUUUUGGUGCUUUUUGCACAUCUAAAAGGGCUAUACAAUUGCGCAUACAUGGAUUGUUUUCAAUAUUAAACGUUUACACUUUGUCUCAAAUAACAGUCUCGGUUGGAAAAUUGUUCAUUAGCCUUGACCCUUGUAAUGCAUAAAAUAUGCAAUAAUGUAAAGUAGGCUAAUUGUAUGACAUUUUAUAGUAUAAUACCGGAUAUAUCAAAGUAUGUGCGAUCCAACCACAAUACCAUGAUUGGAAGGAAAAUAACAUGCAAUUAAGUUGGUCCUAUUUCCGACGUCAGACUUUUCAAAAACUUUGUGUAAAUGCGAAUAAACGAACAGUCAACUCAUUUACAUUAGAUUCUGCAUGAUGAAAAAGUUCGAUGUCUGGAAUGAUUAGAAGUUGUAAUCACUAAAUGACGUAGUUUUAUACACUUUUUAGCUAUCUUCAUACUUUUUAGAUAUCUAAUAUGCUUUUAAUGAGAUAUUUCAAUCUGUUUGACAGCAUUGCAUGGAAGCGUCGAAAUUAAAAUUUUUCGCAAAGCUCAUGAAAUAUCUUGACACUUUUGAACUAUAUUUUCAAAAACCAAACGAGUUCAAGUUAAUUUAAAAGAAUAUUUUAUUAUUCUAUUUCGGCCGUACCAAUUAUGACGUCAUUUUACCGAUAAAAAGAACAUACUUUAACUUCUCAGAAAUGAAACAGUAUAUUCAAAAGAUUUUAAAUAAUAUCUUUAUGACUAUAGAUAACUUCAUAAUCUAUUUCCACUGUUAUUCAAAAUAUAGGAUACAAACAAAAAAGUAUUUAUUGUCAUAUAACUUUCAAACCUUUCAGGGCUUGAUGUCCCCAAGCAUGGUGAACCUGCUUACCCAUACUCUAGUUAUGGUGAUGGUUGGGGUGAAUCACCACCUACAGUGAAUGGUAACCACAAUGGUCAUGGUCUAACCAACCGCGGAGGAAGUUACGACGUCACUGUCACUACACACUGAAUUACGACCAAGUUAUGAACUGGACAUAAGAGUUACUAAAACCUGAAGUUGCAAUUAUUUUUAUGUUGAAUACGAUGAUAGAAUUAGUAAAUUGAUACAAUUAAUCGAAAAGCUAUAGCAAUGAAGAAUAAAUGUCAUGUGAGAUAUACACUUCGUCAGUUAUAUAAUACUACCUAACGAUUUUUUCAUAAUUACUGUAUAUGCAUGCUAAGAUACGUAUGUCACAUUGUUGUACAUGUAACAUUGUAGAAAAAGAUUUUAACUAUUAGGGACUGGUUGUUAUUUAUAGCCUUGUGGGGCCGAAGAAAAACUAUUAUGGAAAACGAAAAAAUAUUUACCCGACCUGUUUUGAAACAAAAAUUCUAGCUAUACCCCACCCAAAAAAUUACCCCACCCAAACCUAUUUUUUGCAAAGGUCCUAACAUAGAAUCGGUGAUAAAAGAGUUAAGAUCCAAACUUGUUUUGGAUGAGUAAGAUCAUCUGACGUUAAGGUUACAGGACACCCUUUUUGGCGUUUUGCGGAAAAUCGCUACUGCGCGCUCAAUAUCAGUCCGAUUUUCACCAAAUUUUCACCAAAUGUUCUCCAGUGCAUACAAAAUAUGGUAAAGUUGUAAAAUUAACAAGCAAUAAAAUAAUGUAAGAAUUAUUCAGGAAAAUCUUAAAUCGCGGUACCUUUACGCUUUUGAGUUGUGUUCCUGCUGGUUUUAAGUUAUAUUUAUGAAAAUAUCAUUUUUAUACAGUAAAAUAGUUGUUCUAAAAAAUUGUGUUCGGAAAUUUUUGUUUAUUUCGUCAUUCGGCUGAUAUGGCGAUUUCUUUGACGACUGCA